AUGACGAAGCCAUUGACGUACCUGAGCUUGAAAGCUGUCUUCCAAUACAUGGAUGGUAAUAAGCGACUGGAGCUCAAUUUCGAUUGCCCAGCGCUUCGGUCAGCAGAAAGCUCAGUGCCGUUGAACCUCCGAUCUCUGAUUCUCGAAAAAGAGAGAAUUGUAGUCAACGAUGUCUGCUACAAGGUGAAAUCAAAAUAUCAAAGGAUCAAAACGGUUCUGGAUGGCAGAAAACAUGUUCGCGUGGAAAUUUUGAAACUUCACGAUUUAGGUGUGAUCCCAGAAUGCCUGAAAAUCAGUACGAGGAACUUGGACUCAGGAAACUUAGACUUCGAGGAGAAAGAAAUCGGAACAGUCUUGACAAGACAGAAUGGAUUUCGGAUUCUACCGAUAUUUUCCCCUUAUGUUGACGAACUCAUGGAUGUGCUGAAUGGGAGGAUUGUUUUUCUCAAUGAAUCCGUUUUGCAAAACAAUAUGGAUCGCCGUUGCCUUUCGUUCCCGUUCAAUAAAACGUCCGAGUUGGUUUUGUAUAGUAUCAGAGAUGGACCAAAUGAGGAAAGAAGAACCAAACUUGAAGUGAUGCCAAUCGGAUCUACUGGACCAGGAACCCUUACUGAUCUUUUCAUUGAACUACUAAUUCUUUUAAGUUUUAUAUUUUUCAUGCGAAUCGUCCUCAGACUUUCAGCAGUAGCCAUGGAUAGUAUAGGGAAGACGACACUUGCAUAUUUUAGAUGA